AUGUCAGCAAGCGAUAGCGACUUCCGGCAAUUCUUGCCUGACCUCAGCCAGCCCCGUUUCACGACUUUGCAACAACAAGACGCACAUGAGUAUGCAGAAGCUUUCAAACGCGACGCGCAGCCUCCCUGGCUGCAUGCUUUGUGGAAGCAUUGGAGACAGCUUUUUGAAGAGCCGUUUCGGGGAAUCACAAACGAUGGAUCAGUUCGAACAAGCCUCUUUGAACUCAAGGAUGAGGGUGUUCCCGUUGCCGAAAUAACAAAUGUAGCUCAGUCUCUACUCUCACUCCUGGAUGAAUCUCAGAAGGAAAAGAUAGCAUACCAUAUCGAUUCACCGGAAUGGAGAUCUUGGUCUAACCCGGAGUUCCUACUGAGCGACAAAGGCAUUCGAUUAGACGAAGUCAAUGACAACGUACGAAACGCCGCUCUGGCGUUACUGGAGGGCACACUAAUCAAUGGAUUUCUAGGCCGUCUAGUGAAAGCUCCGCGCAUUUGUAACGACUUCUCUUACAACCUGGUUCUGUUUGGGAGCCCUUCAGUCACUGCACCUUGGGGCUUUUCGUUCUAUGGCCACCAUCUUUGCCUCAACAUUCUACUCUAUCGUAACCAGAUAGUUGUAUCUCCUUGCUUCACUGGAGCCGAACCGAAUGUCAUUGACGAUCCGAAAGACCCCUUCGCAAGCACUCGCAUCCUACAGGAAGAAGACCGUCUUGGACUACAGCUGAUGCAGUCACUUCCACCUCAACUACAGGCCAAAGCACAGCUGUACAAGCUGCUCCACGAUCCAACAAUGCCGCGCGGACGCUGGAAUCACGACGACCAACGACAUUUGUGUGGUGCGUAUCGCGACAACCGGAUAGUGCCGUAUGAAGGUAUUAAAGUGAGCGACAUGAGCACUCCUGCUCGAGAUCUGGUCACCGCAAUACUAUCCGAGUUCCUGCUCUACCUCCCCUCUCAGGCCCGAAAGCUGCGCUUGGCCCAAGCGGAAUCUUGGUACCACGAAACCUACUUUUGCUGGAUUGGCGGCUUUGGCGAUAGCGAUGCCUUCUACUAUCGCAUCCAGAGUCCAGUCAUUAUCGUUGAAUUCGAUCACCAUUCCGGAGUCUUUCUCACAAACAAGGAUCCUGCGAGGUUUCAUAUUCAUACUCUAAUACGAACACCCAAUGCAGGUGACUAUGGCAUGGCUAUCAGGAUUUUGAUGGAAAAAACUGAGCAGAACUUUGUUUGGGAUGGUUAG